AUGGGAAGGAGUUUUUUGCGACAAUCAUACUGGCUAUGUCAUAGAGCUCUCUACCUUGCAAAUGAUAUCACUGCAAAUGGCUCAAAUAAAUUUGAAGGUCCAUUUCCCAAUGGUUCUUGGAGCUUGAAUUCUCUCAUAAUGCUUGAUGCUUUUAGAUAUCAUAUUCAUUCUUCUAUCCCAAAUGGGUUGUUUAGUCUUGGUGUCACCUCUAGUGCUAUUGAAAACUUGACCUCUAUUAUUGAACCUGACUUGUCAAAUGAUGCACUUGAAGGACAAUUACCCAGAUCAGUGGGAAAACUCUGCAAUUUGAAGGUCCUUUACUUGGAAAACAACAAAUUUGUUGGAAUGAUUUCAGAAGCUUUUGAGAGCUCAAUAGGUGUUGUCUCUGAAGUUCACUUUUCAAAUCUCACAGAUUUGUGUGAAUUACUUGCUUAUGACAAUUCAGUGACUCUAAGUGUAAGUCCUGAUUGGGUUGCCGCUUUCCAACUGUUAGUAGUGGACUUAAGGUCUUGGACCUUGGGCCCCACCUUUCCAAUGUGGCUCAGAACACAAAGUGACUAUUAUAGAAUGGACCUUUCAAGCACUGGGAUUUCAGACAAAAUGCCCAUUUGGUUUUGGAACCUGUCUUCUGAUUUUCUCUACAUGAACGUUUCUCAUAAACAAAUCUAUGGGGAAAUUCCUGAUCUUCUUCAUAUCCAACAUUCCUCAAUGAUAUAUUUGGGUUCCAACAGGUUCAAUCGUCCAUUACCUCGUAUCUCUUCUACUGUAAUGGAACUAGACAUUUCCAACAAUUCCUUCUAUGGAAACAUUUCUCGCUUGCUAUGCCACUCAGUAGAUGCACCAAACAGUUUGACCAUUCUUCACCUUGGAGAAAAUCUUUUAUCCGGAAAAAUUCAUAAUUGUUGGAUGGAUUGGGCAUUGUUGGAGGUCAUAAAGUUGGGGAACAACAAUUUGACAGGAGAAAUUCCAAGCUCCAUGGGAACGUUGCUUCGCAUAUGA